AUAUAUUUUAUUUAUAUAGUUUUUUUUAAAAAAAAAAGAUGAAUAAAUUAGUUGCCAUUUUCAUUUUGGCUUGUAUUUAUUUAAUUGGUUCAUCAUCAGCCCUUACUUUACAAAUUGAACCAAAAUCACAAGAAUGUUUCUUCAACUAUGUAGAACAUGGUAAAAACUCACUCAUCUUAUAUCAAGUUAUCAGAGGUGGUUUAUUAGAUAUUAAUGUUAAAAUUACUGACCCAAGAGGUAAUUCUAUUUUUGAACGUCUUCAUUUUGAUAAUCAAAUGAAAGGUAAAUACUCAUUCACCGCUGGUGAAUCUGGUGCUUACAAAGUUUGUUUCAAUAAUGAAAUGUCAAGAUUUACCGCUAAAGUUGUUACUUUUUCAUGGGAUUCUGAAGAAAAUGCUGAAAAGGAUGCUGCUAAAGGUGAUUCAAUUACUCCAAUGGAUCAAUCAGUUCAAAAAAUUGAAAGAGUUCUCCAAUCAGUUAUUUAUGAACAAAAGAAAUUAAGAUUCAGAGAACAAUCAAAUAGAGAUACCUCAGAAUCAACUAACGCUCGUGUUGUUUGGUGGACUAUUGCUGAAGUAGUUGUUUUAGUUGUUAUGGCCAUUGGUCAAAUUUGGUACCUCAGAAAAUGGUUCGAAACUAGAUCUUCAGGCAGAGUUUAAAUAAUAAUAUAAUAUAAAUUUUUAAAAAAUAAAUUAAAAAAAAAGAAAAACC